GAGGUCCUAACACCGUCUCAGAGCACGGAGCAGGGGAAGGAAGAGAGUCUGCCUCACCACACUCAGCAGACAGCUCACAACUCAUGUCACGCAGGGAUAUUAUCAUGCUUUUAUUUUUCACCUGUUUUUCUCAGACUCGGAAAUAAAAAACUAAAGAAGAAUGAUAACAAACCAACUGCUCCAAUGCAUCUAAAAGUGGACUUUGAUCUUCUCUUCCUGCAUAGAUUAGCCAGAUGAACACACACAAACAAUCCCACACUUUUUGCAAAGCCAAGGCCUGGCGUCAGUGCUUUAGCCUCAUGAUGUGCUUUCAUGUGGUCCUGGGGGACGUUCCCGGCCCGUGCAAGCACUCCGUGACGAAGGAGCAUCUCCAGAACAUUCAAGGGCUGAUUGACAACCAGUUGCAAAAUGACUGUUCAAUAGCCUACACAUUCAUGGAGAGACAAAGUUUGAGUAAAGUCUGUUAUGUUAAAGCAGCCUUCCCUCAAAUCCUGGAACUUCUGAAAGCUCAUUUUCAGUAUUCCCCGAGCUCUGACAACUACCGAUACGUUUCUACACUGAAGAUGCUGGUGUUGAACAUUUAUUCUCACAAAUGCAUUCCAGAGAUCAAUGAGGAAAUCGAGGAUGAUCCUGUGAGAUUUGCAAAAGAGUACAGCAGUUCUCGAAGAGAAGCUGUGGGAAAAAUAAAGAAAGUCUUACAGCUCUAUAUGGAGUUGAUGACUGAGAACAACAAACCAGUGGACUGGAACUGCGAAGAGGAGUACGCUGAGGAUUACCCAGAACUCACCACAGCACUCGCCAAAUCCACAGGUGCGCCCGAUUGUCAUUGUUCUUGUCCAACUCUUGGUUAUGGAGAUUCUGAACAGGUCUCUUUGCCGGACACCAGCCAAUGGGAUGAUCUGCGGCAGCCAUCUUACUUACAAUCAUAUUCUGCCCCACCAGAUGAGCUGACCCGACCACCCUCAGGCAUUAUAAACCCCUGGGCCUAUGUCCCUGUAAACCCUGUCUAUGAUAGGCACCAUAGACAGGAGGAAGCCGAUUCCUACACCUCAUCAGUUAGAAAGGAAGAGAAAGAGGUGGUCAACAGAGACAUCUCCUCUUCCCAAUUUCCUACAUUCCCUGGAGCCACACCUGGAUCUACUGCAUCUUUGGAUGAAAAGGACAGUGGUCCAAAAGAACCAAGCACUUCUGAACACAGGGUUAAUUUGGACUCUGUUCUAGGAGCGCCUGGCACUUCAGAGCCCUGGGAUGCAUCUCAGCAGUCUACCCCAUCAGUAGAAAGCACGCAAGGGACGGGCGCCUUUGUGAGUCGCAUUGUUUCAAGGAGUGACACAAUGGAUGCCCCAGCUUUCAUACAGAGCCAGACUCAGAGCACCAUAUCUGCCUUGCCCAAAGGUCAGUCGUCACAGCUUGAUUCGAUUCAUGUGAUUGUCUCUUUGCCGAGGGAAAGUGCCCGCAGCCCUACAACACCCGCCAUGGCCAGGGAGGUUCCAGUUAGAAGCACUCCUACAAAGCCAGAAGAAACCACAGCUGUCCUUUUAGCGAAGAGAUCUCUAGGACCCAGCAUGGAAGGGCCACAAUCAAGUUUGGGAACAGAGAAUCAACCAAUUCAGAACUGGAUUCUCAGCCUGGAAAAUUCUCCAAGUGCUUCAGAAAUUUCACAAGGUCGCCAAAAAACAAGCGGCACAAUCGGCACGGCCCUUCUGCCAACAGCUGAAGACGCCUCAAGAGCAGUCUCUGGGCUUUCCGUGAGAGAGUUUGAUCCUCUCGUACCAACACCUGCACAAAAGCCUGAAUGGACACCCAUCAGGACCACUGAUGAGAAGGUUGAAAGCACAGGUCCUACGUCAGGGAUCACAGCAGAUCUCCUGGACUCUGACUCAGACAGAGACUCGGGGAAAGCCUUCCGGAAUGGGACCCGGGGUGGGUCACACAUAUCUUACAAGAUCGCAUUCAUCACGGCAUCGGUGUGUGGGGGACUACUGCUUCUCAUUACUCUCUACUGUUUCAGAAAACAAAAGAAACUUAAAGCACUCCUUCAUAGCUCCAAAGUCAAAGAGAAUCAGAGAUUGACUUCAGACAGCAAAGACAUUGAGAUGCAAGAUUAUGAAAUAACAGAGCAAUCAUGUCUGGAUUCCACAUGAAGUUGAACAUUGGAGCAGCAAACAACUAACCAGAAAAACAAAACUGAAAUGCCAAAAUAUAUAAUAACGAUAUUAGAAAAGUUUCAAUUUCAACCCCAACAUUCAUGUAUAUAAAAUUUCAGAAAUAUUUAAAAGGCUAUAUUUUUUAUACAAGAUGUACAAAUAUAUUAAUGCUUUACACUGAAAUGUUUUUAGUCUUCGAAGAUGGCUGGAUUUAAAGGUCAUAUAAAGGAUCUUCUGACAGGACUGGUGAAUAAUAAAUUAUGACGUACCAGGAUGAACGAUAGAGAAGACCAGUAACAGUUGCUGUGAAGCUGCGGUCCUCAAAAUGCAUGAUUCCCUCUGCUUGUUUGUAAAGUACUUUAAAUGGACUGGAUUGGGGUGAUUUGCCACAACCAGAGGCCUGUUCCAUAAAUCAGGAUUACAGAGUUAGCCAGAUAACUGCACUGAACAAAACCCAGACCCUGCCCAAAUCUGGAACAUGGAUGGAAGUGAAACUACUUUGUGCAGUUAUUGGUGUAAGUGAGUUAUCCUGCUUUUUGGAACAGGCCCCAGGACCGUGUGGCUGACUGUUUUGCUCCUGUAAUUGCUCCUGAACUCUGCUACAGAGAUGGAGCAUGAUCAUCAUGGCAUCUUUUGAUAUUUUGAUAAGAAAAUGCACAUCUGUUUCAGGCAGAGGGGGGUCCUGAUCUUCCUAUAUUACAUAAUUGUAAAUUGAACAGUUGUAAUGAAGGACAUUUAUUCUAUUUUUUGCAUGCCUGUAAUAAGGCAUGGUCAGCCUAUGGAAUUGUUUUUCUUUGUGUCCUGUUGCACAAAGCAGGAUUACUGAGUUAGCUGGAUAACUGUAAAACCCGGAUCUCAUUGUAGGCUAUGAGCAGAGAGUAAGCAAAGUGUUGAGACUCAUUAAAAACAUGCAAUGCCCACCAAAAGCAGCCUGUUUGUGAAAAUGUAUUGCAAUAUUUUUUCUUUUAAAAACUUAACGUUUGAUAGACUGUGUUGAAUGAUAUUCACCACCAUAUACAGUAUAAUAUAUAAACAGUAUUAUACAGUGUAUAUAUGUAUAUAUAUAUAUAUAUAUAUAUAUAUAUAUAUAUAUAUAUAUAUAUAUAUAUAUAUAUAUAUAUAUAUAUACAUAUACAUACACACACAGUAUUAUACUUCCUGGAAUAUUUAGUGAUGGUUUGCUCUCAUAAGUGGUCCAAGGGAGAGCUGAGUUGAUUUGUUUUCUGUGAACCAUCUCCAAAUUGAGAUACAAUUUCAAUGUAAAAUUGUGUGGACAUACAUGUAUGUAUACUAUGUAUAUCAUGAUACCUUUGCAUUUAAUGCAGCCAGAUACAACUGCCAUAUGCAAUCAAGCAUUUCAAAAUGUGUUUUUGUUGCAUUAAUAUUUCAAAAGUGCUUGUGAAGCACUAACCAUUUUCAAAAGCAGGCUUCUCAAAACUGCAUUAGAGGCCUGCUCAUCAAACGUUGCUCAAACCUCCACAAUUUAAUGCAAAACAAAUGUAUAUACAAAAUAAAAAAAUUGGAAAUGGGAGGUUAUAGGAAUCAUUGCUAUUGUCUAUCAGUAACAGAAAACCAGAGCCAGUUGUGUUUCAAUCAGUGAGAGAGUUUAGCAUUUUCCACAGACUUUUGUUAUGACUUCAGCGACGUAUGCAUUUUCAAUAAAUAUGUUUGAUAUAA